UUCUAUCACUAACUGAGGUCAAACGGUAGGAGGCGCCAACUCUCCGUUGAACGCUUAUGUGACCCUCCCCCAACCCCUAAACGAGGCACUGACGCCCAAAUCCUCGGUUUUGAAGGAACUUCAUCGUUUGAUGCUUUGCACUUGCGAAUCAGCCAAAGACUGAUUCCAAAACGCACUGCUGCUCUUCCUCUCCAAAAUGGUGAAGAUAUUUGUUGGCAAUGUAGCUUCAGCGACCACAGAAGACGAACUCCGUGCUUUGUUUGAGAAGUACGGUGCCGUGUCCGACUGUGACAUUCUGAAAAACUAUGGCUUCGUGCACAUGGAUGAGGAAGAGGCGGCGCAGAAAGCUGUCUCCGCUUUGCACAAGCACGAGGUCAACGGCUCCCGCAUCACUGUCGAGUACGCCACCACCAAGGUACGCAAUGCCACCAAGAUCUACGUGGGCAAUGUUCCAGAAGGCGUCACCGCUGGCAAAAUCAAGGAUCUCUUCCAGCCAUUCGGCAAGGUGGUGGAGUGCGAUAUUGUGAAAAAUUAUGCAUUUGUUCACAUGCAGAGGGAAAGCGAGGCUCUGGAGGCCAUUUCAAAGCUAAACCACUCCAGAUUGGAGGGCCAAAAGAUCUUUGUGUCCCUCUCACGCAGUAACCCAUCCAGAAAUGACAGAGGGGAGGACUAUUUUCCUCCUCCGCCACCGCAUCACUAUCCACCUCACCCACACCACCAUCCUCACUUUCUCCCCCCACGCCCGCCGCCCCGUGAAUACUAUCCACCUCGUGGCCGACUUCCACCCCCUCCUCUCCCACCGCCACCACCCCGCGCCUACUAUGAGCGCGAUGUGUAUGAGAGGGGCCUCCGCCAUGACCCGUAUGCCGACCCAUCCCCGCGUUUUUAUGAUCGGGAUCCAUACGACCGGCGCAUUCCGCCCCCUCCGCGACCGGUCACGCCUCCUCUCGCCAGUCGCUACUACCGUGAGCGCAGUCCUCUUGGCGGUCGUCGCUCUCUACUGCCUCCGCCUCCCCCUCCACCCUCUUCUGCCGGCUUUGCCCGGGGUUUCGCCCGCAAUGGCGCAAGCUGUGCGCCCCCUCCCCAUACCGCCGCUCCUUCCUCCCACUAUCAGCGCUACUCUCUCAGCCCAGGCUUUGAUAAGGAUGAUUAUUUGGAGGACAAGUACAGCAAUGGCUUCACCCGUAGUUACUAAGCAUUGAAGUUUGCCCGUCCCCUUAUUUUCGAGGAGCUGAGUAAUCUUAAGAGGAGCUUACCAUCAGGGAGUUAGGGGUGAUUUUUUUUUUUUUCUGUGAUAGUUGUAGCGAUUUUAGAUAUAACGGGUCAAUCAGCUAAUACUGUACUCAUUUAACUAAUAAAUUUUACCUCCGCCCGAUGAAGGAAUGGCAAAUAGGAAAUUAAAUACACAUUAAUAUUUAUAGCAUGUUAUGUUGUAUUAUAUUUGUCAGGCAUAUCGGUUUGAGUUUUUUCUUAAAAUAAUUGUUCGUUAUGUUUUUUUUUUUUUUUUUUACUCACAAUUCAUUUUAAUCUAGCACGCACUUCAAAAAUACAAUAGAUUGCUUGAAUAUAUAUACAUAUAUUUUUUGCAUUGAUAUUUCAACAUGCAUAGUCUACCCAACAGGAAAUUAGUCGUAUUGAAUGUUUAUUUUUUUCUUCUUCUUUUUGGUAUUUAAGAAUAUUGAAGUAUUUUGCACGAGUCAGAGAGUUAAUUUAGAGGUAAUUUGACCAAAUUUGAUACUUUUUUGUUUGUUUGUUUUUUUAUUUAUUUUUUCAAAUUUAAUCUCUUCGCUUGACUACCUUGGACUAGGUAAAUGAACUUGCUAUGGUGUUGUUAGAAGUAAUGUUGGAUGUAAGUGAGACCAGUGGGAAGGAACCGAGAGGAAAUGGUAAUAGAGGUUGUUGUGAGCGGAGCUGUGUGCUAACUGACUGAUCAACCAAUCACAUCCUACCGGCUAACCGAGCACAUCGCAUCUGCCAGCCGUUCAACUUUCGGAUCCGCUGCCGCAUCCUAGGAUAAAGCACCACCGGUCAAAGGAAGUGAACCGAGCAGCCGCCGACCGCAUAAUAAAUUAAAAAACAACACUGAAUCAUUAGUGCAAUAUCUACACUGUACUUCCAAAUCUCGUUGUAUUAGACAAACAGCUGAUUUGCCGACUCCGCAGACUCAGAGAAAGUUUUUAAAGAUUACAAAGACUUAUUUUGACAUCACAUUAUAAUGGACGUGCUUGUGAUUGAAAAUAUUAUUGAAUACUCCACAUUGUUUCCUGUCCUACUUGUACUACUGCUGUUUGCCUAUUGUUAGCGUACACUUCUGUUUAAAAUGUACGUUUGUAAAAAGCCUGUUUUCUCGACUGUUUAUCCGAAACCGCUCUCUUUAUCCUAUUGUCCACUCGAGCAGGUUCGAAACUUAUGCUUGUUUUGAUUUAAACCUAUGAAAACAGAUUCUUGUUCUACCAGUCGCUGUCAUCUUGGCGCCUGAAUAAAAAAACGACUGACUUAGACGCAA